UCUAGGAGGGUAGUGAACGAGAAGGGCUCAGAACAAUGGGGAAGAAGAAACCAACCCACUCCUUCGCUUCUUAUCCUCUCCCCUUCCAACACUACUAGUUAACUCAACCCCAAUUUUCACUUGCUACUUUCUAAUAUCGCACUUUCCAUUUCGAUUACUUUCUUACCCGUCUCACAUACCCACAGAGAUCAUAUGUAGCUUGUGGGUCUAGCCGCUGUGUGUAAAGCUUAUUUCUUUCAAGUCUACUCCAAAAAUUCAAUUCCAGAUUUCCGGCAAGCUUGUAAGCAAUUUCCAGGUUCAGCCACAUCGACUAUAGGAACGAACAUGACAGUGGUUUGCGAGCGUCAUAAUCGUUCAGUUGCUGAUCUUUGUUAUGGUCCAGUGACUCCAGAUGGGGUCUUGCUCCUCACUGCUAGUGAAGAUCACACUGCCAUCUUACGAAAUGGAGAGACAGGAGGAUUCAUCCAUAAAUUUGAAGGACAUGAAGGACAAGUGUGGAGUUGCGAUAUAAAUUCAAUGGGACGACUGGCUGCAACCGCCUCGGAAGAUUGUACAGUGAGAAUUUGGGAUAUAAAUGCUAGACAGUGUGUACAUAAAUUUUCAGAGGGCAAUAUAAUGCAGUCAUGUGCUUUUUCACUGGUUGGCAACUAUAUUGUUAUGGGGGGAUUUAGAGAUAAUCUCAAAUUGUACGACUUGCAUCAAGUUGAUACUCCGAUAUGGCAAAUAGCAAACCUUGAUGCAUGUGUUAGAUCUGUGGCAUGGAUGGACGACCAUAGACUAAUGGUUUCUUUUAGUGAUAAAGUGGGUUUUAGGGUAUGGGAUAUAAGAGGUCCUCCUUGCAUAAAAGAGAUUCGGACUCAUUCAUCUGUGACAAGCAUUGAACUGCACCAAAGUAAGAAUUACAUCACAACGAUGAGUGCAAACACCGCUACUAUUUGGAACCUUACAUUUAACCCUCUGGUGGAGCUAUGUGUGCCACGCAUAUCAGAGUCAGCCUCUUUCAGACCACAAAAUGAUAUUUUGAUUGUUGGAGGAGAUGAUAGAGUGGUUCGUAUACUGGGUGUCAAAGAUCGUACUGAGAUUAGUGUUGUAGGCGGCGGGUUUCACAUGGGUCCCAUUCAGUGUGUUCGCUUCUCUCCGAAUGGCCAAUCAUUUGCAGCAGGAUCCCGAGACGGAAGAACGAUAAUUCGGAAAAUUGAUAUACAAAUGGAAGAUGUGAAUGAUUGAAUGUUGAUGAAUGAGUGAAAUAGAAUUUAGGUUGCCUUUCAAUUUGAACUUUGCAAGUCAAAAGAAGAUUUUGUUGCUACACAUGGG